AGCCCGUGCCCGGUGCGUGUUUUUUUGACGGGAAUGUUUGGGACAGAGGUGACCGACAGCGGGACGGACACAGAAUCGCGUCUUCAACCGUAAACACGUGGAUAGAUCAGCUGUUUACACUGGAUCUCCAAAACCUGAGCGCAUCUGGACGCGUGAUACAGUGCGCCUGGUUGAUUUCAAGGAAUAAAGUUAUUUUUGAACUACCUCAGAAUGAGUGACCUAGAGGAAGACUUUGCCAAGAUUUUAAUGCUGAAGGAGGAGAGGAUACGAGACCUGGAGAGGCGCCUGGCGGAGCGAGAAGACGAAAUAAACGAGCUGAAAAGAAAGCUGCACAAAUGUCAGUCGGUUUUACCGUGCGCGCAGAUCGGACGCCGGACGCACCGAGCGCAGGGAAUAUCAGCCGAACCGCAAACGCACCAGGAUAUAUCAAACCAAAGCUUUCGGAGAGUUGCCAAAUCUGACAGGUCUAAGGAACUAAUCAAGGCGGCUAUCCUGGACAAUGACUUCAUGAAGAACCUGGAGAUGUCCCAGAUCCAGGAGAUAGUGGACUGUAUGUAUCCAGUGGACUAUGACAAAAACAGCUGUAUUAUUAAAGAAGGAGAUGUGGGCUCCCUCGUCUACGUCUUGGAAGAGGGGAAAGUUGAAGUGACUAAGGAGGGAUUGAAGCUGUGCACUAUGGGACCAGGAAAGGUCUUUGGAGAGCUUGCCAUCCUUUAUAACUGCACCAGGACGGCCACAGUAAAAACUGUGACCGCUGUGAAGUUAUGGGCCAUCGACAGACAGUGUUUCCAGACUAUCAUGAUGAGAACGGGACUCAUCAAACACGCCGAAUACAUGGAGUUAUUGAAAAGUGUCCCGACAUUUCGAGGACUUCCAGAGGAAAUACUGAGUAAGCUGGCUGACGUCCUUGAGGAGACGCACUAUGAGGACGGCGACUACAUCAUCAGACAGGGGGCACGAGGAGACACUUUCUUUAUUAUCAGUAAAGGAAAAGUGACAUUGACUCGUGAGGACUGUCCUGGUCAGGAACCCGUCUACCUGCGUGCUCUGGGGAAAGGUGACUCGUUCGGGGAAAAGGCGCUACAAGGUGAGGAAAUCAGAACGGCAAACUUCAUCGCAUCAGAGACUGUCACCUGUCUUGUGAUUGACAGAGACUCAUAUAAACACCUGAUUGGAGGUUUGGAGGACGUGUCGAAUAAAACCAGUGAGGAUGCUGAAGCCAAUGCAAAAUAUGAGGCAGAGAAUGCCUUCUUCUCCAACCUAAACCUCUCUGACUUCAACAUCAUUGACACUCUUGGAGUUGGAGGAUUUGGACGUGUUGAACUGGUGCAGCUCAAGAGUGAUGAGAUGAAGACGUUUGCCAUGAAGAUCCUGAAGAAGCGUCACAUCGUAGACACGAGACAGCAGGAGCACAUCCGCUCUGAGAAGCUCAUCAUGCAGGAGGCACAUUCAGAUUUCAUUGUCAGACUCUAUAGGACUUUUAAAGACAGUAAAUACCUCUACAUGCUGAUGGAAGCGUGUUUGGGUGGAGAGUUGUGGACCAUCCUCAGAGACCGGGGCAACUUUGAUGAUUCAACAACGCGGUUUUACACGGCUUGUGUGGUGGAGGCGUUCGCUUACCUGCAUUCCAAAGGCAUCAUAUACCGAGACCUCAAACCUGAGAACCUGAUACUGGACCACAGAGGUUAUGCCAAACUGGUGGAUUUUGGCUUUGCUAAGAAGAUCGGUUUUGGCAAGAAGACGUGGACGUUCUGCGGCACGCCAGAGUACGUGGCCCCAGAGAUCAUCCUGAACAAAGGACACGACAUAUCAGCAGAUUAUUGGUCGCUCGGGAUCCUCAUGUACGAGCUACUGACCGGCAGUCCCCCUUUCUCAGGCCCUGAUCCAAUGAAAACAUACAACAUAAUUCUCAGAGGCAUCGACAUGAUAGAGUUCCCAAAAAAGAUUACCAAAAAUGCUGCCAAUCUCAUCAAAAAGCUAUGCAGAGACGCUCCCUCUGAAAGACUUGGAAACUUGAAGAAUGGUGUCAAAGAUAUUCAAAAGCACAAAUGGUUUGAAGGGUUCAACUGGGAUGGAUUGAGGAAAGGGACAUUGAUGCCCCCCAUCAUUCCUAAUGUAACGUCAUCCACGGACACCAGUAACUUUGACAGCUUUCCAGAGGACAACGAAGACCCACCGCCUGAUGAUAACUCAGGAUGGGACAUAGACUUUUAAACUGACCUCCACACGUGGCCACACAUACAUAGACACUUAACACUGCUCACAUAGGAUUUGCUUGGGACGAUUGACUACUGUAUGGACGUCAGGAGAACUGUUCAAAAAAACAAGAAGAAGCAAUGAAGUUUGUCCGCCGUGACAUGAUGUUCUUGUGGCGCGACUCUAGAAGGACUGUCCGUAACGCAAAACAUAAUCCUGUGUGUGUUUGUGUGUGUGUGUGCUCAUGUUUAACCAACUGUGAGGUAAUUGAAGAGACAGUCCAUUUAGGGAAAAGGUUGUGACCUCAGUGAUUUGUUCUUCUCCCUGAUUGGCUGCAACUCUUCAUGCACCAAUCCGUGUGCAGACUACUCUGAAGACCGCGUGACGUACGUCACAGGAGUCCAGACAGACCUGAAUGUUACUCUUAAAGUAAUACUCAUUCAUUAUAGCACAUGUACAUACUAGCAUAGUAUCAUUACCCCGAAAUCACACGCAUACGCUGGCGUUCUCGACAUGUAACGGUUCAUCUUUCACGUGUAUGGCUCGGUUUCACCAUGCGAUCAUCUCUCUUCAAACACACACCGGCAUCAUUAGACGCAUUAUCUCACCUGUCUUUGCUGUUAAUUUAUUGCCAAGUACGAUGGCCAUUACGGUUCAUAACGUUCUGAGCCCAGGGCUGGUUUUCUCAAACUGUUAUUCUAUGAAAUGACGUGCCUCAAAAUCAUAGCUUCAUUGAUAAGAGUGUACUGUAUUUAUUGCCCUAGUUGCAUUUAUAAUGAGGAAUAAUCACUGUGAAUGGCCAGAUUUUACACCUGAAGAGUUAAAACAGAGAAGGAAAACUUGGAUUGGUUGGCCGUUUCCUGACAGGUACACUGUAAACAUUUCUGCAGAGAUUCGGCUGUGUCAGAAUAUGAACAGUAUUAGUGCCUUAAACCAACGGCAUCCCGAACCGCUCGUCGUGCUGCAUGCCUUCAGUACAAUCCCUUCAGCCUGCUGCUGUCCAACGGACGCUCUCGGUGUCCUUUUUAUACAAUAAAGCAACUGUUUUAGACACUCAGUGUCCUCACGACAGCUUCCUCUGUGUGCCUGUGAAACUUUAAGAAACAGCGCUGCUGGAAAUUAAACGUCUGUCAACAUCACUUUCAUGGUUUUCUCUUGAGGACAAAAACAGUGAAACUGUACGUUUUUUAUCAUUUAAAGUUGCUGGGAAACUACAUCAAAGUACACUACAGGUCAAAAGUUUUUGGACACUUACUCGCCGACUUAUUACGCAUGUUUUUUUACAUUUUAGAAAAAAGUAAGCUCAUCAAAACUGUAGAAUAACACAAAGGGAACCAUGAGGAUUAUGUUUCCAUUCAAACAAAACAAAACUUGUCAUAAUUUAUCAUCUUCAAUGUAGUCUAAAAUUUGCAGAAAUGUUCUCUUGCCAUUUUCUCAAGCAGCUUAAUACAGUAUUAGAGUUCCCAUCUAUUCUGUGGUUUUACAGAACGCUCUUU